CAUGCAGCUCAUCGUCGCGCUCUCUGCGCUCCUCGCCAGCGCCGUCCAGGCUGCCACGUACCCUGCGUAUACGAUCCCGGCCGUGGACAUGGCCGCGCCGGCGGCGGCCGCCGAGACCAUCGAGGCGCUCCGGGCCACGGGCAUCGUGGCGUUCAAGAACAUUGACGGCUUCGAGGCCGCGCGCCUGGCCUACGUGGAGGCGGCGGCGCGCUGCGUGGCGACGCCGCAUGCGGACGUCAUGCGCAAGCUCAUGGUCGAUGGCACGACGCGGCGAACGCUUAGCACCAACGUGGACGUGAGCACGGUGCCGGCGAGCUUGCUCGCAUCGUGCCCCGAGUACGUCGCCGCGCUCGGGUCGUUCAACGCGGUCUUGAACACGGCGACGCUCACGUUUGCCAAGCUUCUCGAUGCGACCACGCAGACGUCGCUCGUUCAGGACAUUGUCGAGCAGGGCAAGCACCUCGAGCACUUCCACGCGUACACCAACCCGGCGUCGGCCGACGCUGCGGUCGACAACCAAGAGUUCUCGCUCGAAGCGCACACGGACCUCGGCGGCGGCCUCUUCACGUCGGCGCCCGUCUUCUUCAACGCGGAGCACCACGUGAUUGCCAACCCGGACCCGACGACGGGUCUCUACAUCCAGAUCCAGAACGAGUGGGUGCAGCCGAUCCUCAAGUCGGACGAGCUCGUCUUCAUGGCUGGCGAGGGCUGGUCGCAGUGGAUUGCGACCGACGACUUGGCGUUCCCGGCCGUCGUCCAUGCCAUGCGCAUGCCCCGUGAUGCGUCGUCCGACAUUGUCCGCGGCUUCCACGGGCGCAUGCUUCUCCUCUCGGACGAGAUGGUCAUGCGCAACAACCACUUGCGCUUCGCCGACUUCAACGCCCGCAACACGCGCUACCUCAAGGCGCCGCUUGCCGACGCCAAGUUUCCGACGCUCGCAUGUGCAUCGCGCCAGCUUGUCGCCUCCGACUCGAGCUGCACGCUGGGUAUCUGGGCGCCGGGCAAUGCGAGCGCGGCCUCGACGACCUCCGACAUGUGCAUGUUCCACUGCAAUGCGAUCGGCAUGCCGGAAGAUACGCAAACGUGCAAGGACCUUGGCUGCGUCAAGGCCUCCGACGUGCCCAACGGCGGCACCGAAUGCUGGAUGAUUUGCGUGCAAAAGUACUCGGACGCCGAGUGCCCGGCGCCCAAGGCGCAGACGUGCAAGGACCAAAAGCUCGCGUGCGACAAGGUCGUCUUGACCAAGGCGCCCAUGACCAACGCGACGACGACGGCGCCGACGAUUACGACUGCGACGCCCAAGGCCACGUCCGGCGCUACCUCGGUCCUCUUGUCGAUGGCGACCCUUGUCCUUGCGGUCGCCGCCAUCUAACGCGUCAACCAAUCGAGUUCGUUUUGCCUAUGGAA